CAGACAAGACUUUCUUUCUAAAACACUUCUUACUCAUCCUUCAUUAUUAUUAUUAUUAUUAUUAUUAUUAUUAUAUUUUUACAUAAUUUUAAUUUAUUAUUGUGGCUGAUCUGAUCCAACUGCUUUCACCUGCAACUGCGAGCAAGAGUAUGAAUUCAAUUUUACGUACAUACACAAAAAAUCCUCUCUCCCUUGGAUUUCAUCUUCCUUUUACUUCACUUCUUCACAAUCAUUUCAACUUUUUUGCUGUGUGUGAUUUUUGAAUCCAAAUAUGUCUUCAAAUCCCAACGCCAACUGUUGGUUUCUUGAGUUCGUGUAGGUUUCCGAAAACAAACAAUUUUUUCAAUGCUGUUUGGAAAGGUGGAACUGAGUAGGUGAUAAUGGAGGUGUGCGGGCGAAAGGAGGAAGCCAGUAAAAGUGGCCUACUCAUCUCCAUUUCUUCUUUACACUGAAAUCCUGCCGCCCUACCUCACUUGUUUCUUCAGUUUCUGACAUUUCGAGAAUCUAUGGAGGAAUCAUUAGUGGUGGAUGUUCUAAACGACGAACAUGAGAUGGAAGAGAGUGCUUCGGCGAAGCCACUUCUUGAGGUUUCGGUUUCUUUUGGUAGGUUUGAGAACGAUUUACUGUCUUGGGAGAAAUGGUCGACUUUCUCUCCCAAUAAGUAUUUGGAAGAAGUUGAGAAGUACGCAACGCCUGGAUCUGUUGCUCAGAAGAGGGCUUACUUUGAAGCUCAUUACAAGAAGAUAGCUGAUAGGAAGUCUAAGUUACUGGAGCAGGAGAUGGAAAUGGAACGCAACACAACACUGUCAAAUGAACUGAACGGUGGUGGAGAAGAUCUAAUAGACCACAUUCAAAGGGUUGAUUCUGAAUCUGAGACGUCAAACCACCACGUUUCUGCUGAAGAAGUUGAGCAGAACACAACAUUGGCGGAUGAUGUUGAAAGAUCACCAGAUGGUGAAAAGGAAGAACCGGGUAGCAAAAUGGAUUGUGUUGGUUCCGAGAUAAGCAAGCAAGAAGAAGUUGUAGUGAAAGAAGUAGAAACUCCUUCUCCAGUUGAAUCUCGGAGCACCAAGGAACCUCCACAAAAGUUGGCCAAUAAAAUAUUGGCAGCAUCUAAAGUCAAACAGCAGGUUCUAAAACCGAAUCAACCAAAAGAAUCUAAGAAGACCACUCCAGUAGUCAAGGAACGAAACAGUGCAAGUGUCAAGAAAAAACCAGCAUCAUCCACAGCCAAAGCACCCCAGAUUUCCACCCCCAAAUUCUCCAAGACAACAUCAGGACCCACCACACCUGCAGCACGGUCAAGUGUGCUGCGGUCCUCUAUAAACAAGGGAAGUAAUUCAUCUCUAUUAAAGAGCCGAAAUCCAUCUUCUGUUGAAACCAAGAAAAUGGCGCCCAAAUCCCUGCAUAUGUCCCUUAGUCUGGGAACUCCCAACUCUGAUCCAUCCUCUGUUACCGGAAUUAGAAGAUCUUUCAUCAUGGAGAAAAUGGGGGACAAGGACAUUGUGAAGCGGGCAUUUAAGACAUUUCAGAAUAGUUUCAACCAAAUGAAAUUGUCUCAGGAAGAGAGGUCUUCUGCGCACAAGAUGGCUCCUUCAGAAGAGAAAGAAACAACAAGAAUCUCUACUUCCAUGGCUGCUAAAAAGGAGAAUGGAGGGUUGAACAAAGUAAGUGGUACAACGAGAGGUACAGACAGCAGAACGUCCAGCAUUGCUCGAUCUAAAAAAUUUGAAGGAAAACCAAAUGCAAAAGCAGCGGGAAGAACCAGCCUCCAAUCAAAAUCUAAGGUUGCCCCAUCUCAGACAGUGGAGGAAAAAUUAAAUGCCAAAGUGGGAGGAAGAACAAAUCUUCUAUCGAAAUCAAAGGAUGCCUCUAAGAAUGGGCUUCGCUCUUAAGUUUUGUUGAUUGGAAACAAACCAUCAGCCACCAGGAAAAUGUAUUGACGAUGGGAACUGAAUCAGGUUGGACAUUGAUGAAAAUUACUACGUAUUCCUGAAGGGGCCCAUCUCAUGGACUCAUUGUUUCCCCUGAAAGUAGCUGUCUUUGUCCAUCCAGAAUCUGUAGAUUGAAGUGGGUAGGAUGUAUAAUGAAGCAGAUGAUGUCAUCUUUAUGAGGUUUAUUAGUAUAGUAAUAUACAGAAAGGCCGGGGAUGUCUCGAAGCUACCCCAAUUAAUAAUAUAAUUAGGAAAAGGCAUCUGUGUGUAUGAUGUUGAAUUGUCUUAUUCUCUUUCAAUGCUAUAUAUAUAUACAAUUUAGACUAGAUGGAGAACUUUUUGGAUUUUAGCCAUGAUGUUAGUCUUAUUUUUGGAUCGAAUAAUAUUCACCCAUUGUGAAAUCAGAGUUUCUGUAA